CUCCCCUCGGGCCUAAGGCGGCAGCUCCGGCCAAGGGCAUCGCGGUGCUGCGGCGGGAGCCCCGGGCGGCGCUCGGACGGCGGCACGGACGGCGCUCCGCGCUGCGUCAGCGCGCCCGGCACGGGCCCGGCGUGACCCCCGAGCGCCCCGAGCUCGGCUGGCGCUGUCGGUGGGGCGGCGUUCGGAGGGCCUCGGCCGGGCUGCCGAGAAACGGUUUCCUAUCGGGAAGGGGCUUUUGCUGUCGGGUGCGCAGCGCAGCGCCGGGCUCCCUGCGCGCGGCUGGAAGCGAAUGUCAUCCGCCGUGAAAAACGAGGAGGAAAGAAUCCGAGGAGGAGCGAAUCCGAAGAUACGCAGGCUGGCGGGUUGCUGUUUAUUAUUUAGCUGGGGCCGGCUUAUUCUCCGCGUCCCUUUCCCUGCGGAUCGCUCGUUUGCUCAGAGGUGUCAUCAGGACGGGGAUGAGGGAAGCGGAGCUGUGGGAUCGGCGGUGCCGUGCGUGGAAAAGUGCUGCAGAAGUUGGUGACCUUAUGGAAGGGGAACUUUAUUCUGCUCUCAAGGAGGAAGAGGCCUCUGAGUCAGUUUCAAGUACGAACUUUAGUGGUGAAAUGCAUUUCUAUGAGCUUGUAGAAGACACAAAAGAUGGGAUCUGGCUGGUACAGGUCAUAGCAAACGACAGAAGUCCACUGGUGGGUAAAGUCCACUGGGAGAAAAUGGUGAAGAAAGUAUCGAGAUUCGGCAUACGUACUGGCACUUUCAACUGUUCCAGUGACCCCAGAUACUGCAGGAGGAGGGGCUGGCUGAAAUCCACCCUCAUUAUGUCAGUUCCACAAACCAGCACCUCCAAGGGAAAAGUAAUGCUUAAAGAAUACAACGGGCGCAAAAUUGAAGUGGAGCACAUUUUCAAAUGGAUCACAGCCCACGCUGCUUCUCGGAUCAAAACCAUUUACAACUCUGAACAUUUAAGAGAAGAGUGGAACAGAAGUGACCAGUACCGUGUGAAAAUAUACUUAUUUGCCAGCCUCGACCAGCCUCCAGCCUUCUUCUCUGCACUAAGUGUAAAGUUUACCGGGAGAGUAGAGUUUAUUUUUGUGAACGUGGAAAACUGGGACAAUAAAAGUUACAUGGCAGAAAUUGGUAUCUACAAGACACCAUCCUACAUACUUAGGACUCCUGAAGGUAUUUACAGGUAUGGAAGUAAUGCUGGUGAAUUUAUAUCACUGCGUGCCAUGGAUUCCUUUUUGCGCUCGUUGCAACCAGAAGUUAAUGAUUUAUUUGUUCUAAGCUUAGUUUUGGUUAAUCUGAUGGCUUGGAUGGACCUGUUCAUUACGCAAGGCGCUACUAUAAAGCGUUUUGUGGUUCUUAUAAGCACUUUAGGGACGUAUAAUUCACUACUAAUUAUUUCCUGGCUACCCGUCUUGGGUUUUUUGCAGCUACCUUACUUAGACAGCUUUUACGAGUACAGUUUAAAACUCUUCAGGUAUUCUAACACAACUACCUUGGCUUCUUGGGUAAGAGCCGACUGGAUGUUCUACUCUUCACACCCAGCGCUCUUCCUCAGCACAUACCUUGGCCAUGGUUUACUGAUUGAUUACUUUGAGAAGAAGAGAAGACGCAAUAACAACAAUGAUGAAGUCAAUGCUAACAAUCUAGAGUGGCUCUCAAGCCUGUGGGACUGGUACACCAGCUACUUGUUUCAUCCUAUUGCUUCCUUUCAACACUUCCCUUUUGACUCGGAUUGGGACGAAGACCCAGAUCUGUUCUUGGAGCGUUUGGCCUUUCCCGAUCUCUGGCUUCACCCUCUGAUACCAACAGAUUAUAUCAAAAACUUACCAAUGUGGAGGUUUAAAUGCCUCGGCAUCCAUUCGGAUGAGGAAAUGCUGGAAACCCUUCAAGACAGCGAAAGUGACUCUGACAGUGAGAACAGAGAGGUCUUCAACAGUGAAAAAGACAUCUCGGAGGAAGAUGAGCCAAAUACAUUUCAUAGGCCCAGGGCAGGAGAGCCUCACUGCCGUGCCGACAGCUGUUCGUGUGCCAGUACAUGUUGUCACAAGGAGCCUUGUGAACGGAAAGCGAGGUCGUACGGGUCGUACAGCACCACAGACGAGCCAGAUUGGUCAGCGUGGCCCCCUGAGAUGUUGCACUGUACGGAAUGCGUGGUGUGUCUCGAAAACUUCGAGAGGGGCUGCCUGCUCAUGGGCUUGCCGUGCGGCCACGUGUUCCACCAGAAUUGCAUUGUGAUGUGGCUGGCAGGCGGGCGGCACUGCUGCCCCGUCUGCAGGUGGGCUUCUUACAAAAAAAAGCAGCCAUUCACGCAACCACAGCCUUUGUCCAACGAUGCCCCGUCUUAGCCGUGUGUCCGUGUCCUUUGUCAGCUUUCAGGAUAUUACUGCUUGCCUUUUAAAUGUUAGUCACUUAAAAGAUUACGUGGUUUGAAGUUUUAGUUUAAAUGUUAGUGCAGUGAACUAAAAUAUACACGAUGCUAACGUUAAUGGCAGAGUUAUUUGGUUGCCUUGUGUGUUGAACUGAAUGCAUUCUUACCGUACAAUAACUUCUUUCUUUUCAUCAUCCUGAAACUCAAUGCUGUUUUCGUAAGCACAAAAUCAAACCUCCACCAGAAGCGUAUCCCAGCAAACGUUUACAAGUGAGGAUAUGGGGGGAAUCUAAAUUCUAACCGGAGAUGAUUGCUUAAUUUAAGUGUUUCUUAUUUUAGAGUCUGUUCAGCACAUCCUUGUUGAAUAAUGUACGUUGUAAGACAGUACCGUUUAAAAAGAGAUACGUGAAAUAAAUUAUUUUAAAAGGAGAUUUGUAAUGUUAAUUGUUUUGAUAAAUAUUUUGUGUGUAUAGUUACAGAUGUCUUGCUGGUCUGAUUUAUCUGUAAAGACAAUAAAAAUAUAACACAACUUUUGUGACUAAUAAAUAAUCUCUAGGGAUGCUGGAAUUCGUUUCUGUACUGUGAAGGUAACUGUGGUGUCCCUGUGCAUUGCAGGGGAGUUGGAAUAGAUGGCCUUCAGAGAUCCCUUCCAACUCGAAGGACUCUGUGAUUCAAUGAACCACCGGCCAAGCAGAAGGCAGUGGUGUCUCACUGAGGUUCUCUGCUUGAUCAGGGGUUUCCUAAUUGAUCGCAGAUUGCUUUCUCAGACCCUCUUCCUUACCAGAUGUCUCUCCAGUAUCUCAUCUGCAGUCUUCUAGGAAGGCUUCAUGGUCUCCAGUCUCAAAGCAAACCAUCAUGAAGCAGCAGAAUGCCAUGGAGUGACUUGAGCACCCUGUUAAGGUAGAACAUUCCAGAUUCCAGGUAGGUGUUCUGCAGUGAUUUCUGAUUGCCUGGAGAAGAGCGACGGCUGUUUUAUGUCAUGGUUUGAUGCCAUGGGGGAGAAAUGGGGUCUGGUUUCUUUGUAUUUCAGUAAGAAAUUGUGCCUUUGGUCAUGCCUUUCAGGAAUCAUCUGACUGCAAAUUCAAUGAGGAAGUUUUUCUUUAUCUCUUCCCCAGUUCUUGCCCAUGUGGUACAAAAGGAGGACAAUUAACGAAGACAGUAGAAAGCAUAAACGCAGGUCCCACUUGCAGUUCUGAUCCAUCUCUUUACUGUGCCUCUAGAGACAUUUGGGACGUGAGUGCUCACAAAGCCGUUUGGCACUGUUUUAUCCAUGCAGGGGACCUGGACACGUUUGCUUUAUCACCAAAUGUUUCACACCUCCCAUCAGCAGGUGUCAUCACAGGAGGACACUCCUAAUAAUCAGACGAGCUGUUUUGAACAGCGAGUGCUUCUUUUCUCAUACCCUAUCGCAGCGUUGAAGUCAUGAGGUAGAAGGAGUAUCACCAGCCCUGUUGUACUGCAGAAAGUGUUUUUAUUCCAGCAGAGGGCUGUCAGUUCAUGUCCUUCAUCCCUUGUUACUGAGGCAGAGCGGUGGAAAGGCACAAUGAGGGCACAGAGCGUGUCAGCUUGCAGUGCACGAAGCACCAUCACACUGAGCCGUGUGCUUACUGUAAGCAGCUCCCAGCCUGCCUGUAUUGCUGCACAGCACUUGGGUGGUUUGCUGAGCACCACGAGGGCACGUUGGUACGGCGCCGUGUCCUCGGGGCACCGCGUGCUGCUGGAAAGCCAACCCCAGCACACAGCCCCUGCCAGGCAGCGCUGCUGGGUGCUGGGUCGUCUGUAUUUGUGAGCUGCUGUGCACACCUGUUCCAGCUGAAGACUUUUAAUGACCUCGCUUGCUCUCCUGAUCCAAUUCUUCUGAUAAAUGACAGAAAGUGCUGCUUAAUUAGCAGAAGAGCCACAGAGGGCACUUCCAUAUGUGCAGAUAAUUACGGCCAGCGGAUGGGAAUGACUGAAGGGUUUGUCCCCCUGUGCCUGUGAACCCGCGUUACAUUAAUUGCUGUGAUCCAGAACCUGCUGGAUGCAUCUGCUUCCAAAUCCACAGCAGCUGUCCUGGUGGUCCCUGCAGGACAGAGAAAGCAGCAUUGUGUCUUUAUAUUAGGAAACGCUCGUGUCCUGUCUGCAGAGGCAUCCAGCGGGAGCUUACUGUGAGCACAGGAUCUCAGCCUUCCCCCAAACAGUAAAAGUGGGGAGCAGAGAAAAGGCCAGGCCCAGAGCAAGGCUGGCAGUGGCACUGUGAGUGUGCACGGCCCGCUGGCUGCCUGGUGCCAGCACUGCUACGCUGCCCUCAGGCACGGGGCUGCUGAGCACACUUUCAGUCGCAGCUGCUUUUCCUGCUCUGUUCCCAGAGGAGAAGCUCUCCUUUCCAAAGCGUCCUCAGAUCUGCUUUCAUUCUGCUCUAGGUUUUGGAUGAGGGAAAAAAAGACAAAGGUGAACCGUCCGCUUCUGUGACCGCGAUUGAAAUGGCUUUCUGUGGGAACUGGAAAACAAUCACGGAAUCAUAGAACCAUGGAAUGGCCUGGGUUGAAAAGGACCGCAGUGAAUAUCUAGUUUCAACCACCUGCU